AUGAACGGAAAUAUGAUUCGACUUGCAGGAGAGGAAUGCAGAGAAUGCAUUAUUCAUGAUAGCAUUGUUGACGGAGAGGGACUGAGAACCACAGUGUUCACACAGGGGUGUCUGCGUAAGUGCCCGAAUUGUCAUAAUCCCAAAACACAUGCUCUCGAUGGUGGGAAGUUGUACGACAUUGAAGAUAUUUGUAAUGAGAUAGGAAAGUGUGGAGGACAGUCUGGUAUAACAAUUUCUGGUGGUGAGCCUAUGCUCCAAGCUAAGGAGUGCAUCAAGUUGGCAAAAUACACAAAGGAUGUAUUACACCAAAACGUGUGGUGUUACACUGGCUACACGUACGACGAGUUGAUUGAGAAAGGAACCGACGACCAAAAGGAACUUCUCAAACAUAUUGAUGUUUUAGUCGACGGACCGUACAUCGAAGCGAAAAGAAACUUGGAACUACUAUUUAGAGGAAGUGACAAUCAGAGGAUCUUACGUCUGAAGGAUGGAAAAGUGGUUUCGAUCGACAAGGAUACAAACUACUCUUCUUUUGAAUAA